AUGGCCAAGGUUCAGAUGUUCAACUCUGUCAGGCUGGUGGAUGGGACCAGUCUGUGCUCAGGCAGACUGGAGGUGAAGUCUAACCAGAGGUGGUCCUCAGUGUGUGAAGCUGACUUUGACCAGCAGGAUGCAGAGGUGGUCUGUAGGGAGCUUGGCUGUGGGGCUCCUUCAGUCCUCCAGGGGGCGCUCUAUGGAGAAGUGGAGGCUCCAAUGUGGACCAAAGAGUUCCAGUGUGGAGGCCAUGAGUCUGCUCUCCUGGACUGUAGAAGCUCAGGCUCAGAUAGAAACACCUGCUCACCUGGCAAAGCUGUUGGAAUCACCUGCUCAGAUUCUGUCAGGUUGGUGGGAGGAGACAGUCACUGUGCAGGAACACUGGAGGUCAAACAUCAGGGAGAAUGGAGACCAGUGAAGGGCUAUUACUUUGACUGGACCCUGAAGACAGCAGGUGUUGUCUGCAGAGAUCUGGACUGUGGCUCUGCUGUUUCUGUAGGAGAGAGAAAGGAGUCCUCAGCCAGACCUGUGUGGGGGAUCUGGUCUUACUGUGUUCACUCUGGAUCUGCUCUGAGGGAGUGUGCAACAUCAUCUUCCUCUUCCUCCAUCCUGGAUCUCACCUGCUCAGACUCUGUCAGGCUGGUGGAUGGGACCAGUCUGUGCUCAGGCAGACUGGAGGUGAAGUCUAACCAGAGGUGGUCCUCAGUGUGUGAAGCUGACUUUGACCAGCAGGAUGCAGAGGUGGUCUGUAGGGAGCUUGGCUGUGGGGCUCCUUCAGUCCUCCAGGGGGCGCUCUAUGGAGAAGUGGAGGCUCCAAUGUGGACCAAAGAGUUCCAGUGUGGAGGCCAUGAGUCUGCUCUCCUGGACUGUAGAAGCUCAGGCUCAGAUAGAAACACCUGCUCACCUGGCAAAGCUGUUGGACUCACCUGCUCAGAGUCUGUCAGGUUGGUGGGAGGAGACAGUCACUGUGCAGGAACACUGGAGGUCAAACAGGGAGAAUGGAGACCAGUGGAGGACUCUUACUCUCCCUGGACCGUGAAGACAGCAGGUGUUGCCUGCAGAGAUCUGGACUGUGGCUCUGCUGUUUCUGUAGGAGAGAGAGAGGAGUCCUCAGACAGACCUGCGUGGAGGAUCGACUCUGACUGUGUUCACUCUGGAUCUGCUCUGAGGGAGUGUGCAACAUCAUCUUCCUCUUCCUCCAUCCUGGAUCUCACCUGCUCAGACUCUGUCAGGCUGGUGCAUGGGACCAGUCUGUGCUCAGGCAGACUGGAGGUGAAGUCUAACCAGAGGUGGUCCUCAGUGUGUGAAGCUGACUUUGACCAGCAGGAUGCAGAGGUGGUCUGUAGGGAGCUUGGCUGUGGGGCUCCUUCAGUCCUCCAGGGGGCGCUCUAUGGAGAAGUGGAGGCUCCAAUGUGGACCAAAGAGUUCCAGUGUGGAGGCCAUGAGUCUGCUCUCCUGGACUGUAGAAGCUCAGGCUCAGAUAGAAACACCUGCUCACCUGGCAAAGCUGUUGGACUCACCUGCUCAGAGCCUGAUGAUGUCAGGUUGGUGGGAGGAGACAGUCGCUGUGCAGGAACACUGGAGGUCAAACAUCAGGGAGAAUGGAGACCAGUGGAGGGCUCUGACUCUGGCUGGACCCUGAAGACAGCAGGUGUUGUCUGCAGAGAUCUGGACUGUGGCUCUGCUGUUUCUGUAGGAGAGAGAAAGGAGUCCUCAGACAGACCUGUGUGGGGGAUCGACUCUGACUGUGUUCACUCUGGAUCUGCUCUGAGGGAGUGUGCAACAUCAUCUUCCUCUUCCUCCAUCCUGGAUCUCACCUGCUCAGACUCUGUCAGGCUGGUGAAUGGGACCAGUCUGUGCUCAGGCAGACUGGAGGUGAAGUCUAACCAGAGGUGGUCCUCAGUGUGUGAAGCUGACUUUGACCAGCAGGAUGCAGAGGUGGUCUGUAGGGAGCUUGGCUGUGGGGCUCCUUCAGUCCUCCAGGGGGCGCUCUAUGGAGAAGUGGAGGCUCCAAUGUGGACCAAAGAGUUCCAGUGUGGAGGCCAUGAGUCUGCUCUCCUGGACUGUAGAAGCUCAGGCUCAGAUAGAAACACCUGCUCACCUGGCAAAGCUGUUGGACUCACCUGCUCAGAGCUUGUCAGGUUGGUGGGAGGAGACAGUCACUGUGCAGGAACACUGGAGGUCAAACAUCAGGGAGAAUGGAGACCAGUGAAGGACUAUGACUCUGACUGGACCCUGAAGACAGCAGGUGUUGUCUGCAGAGAUCUGGACUGUGGCUCUGCUGUUUCUGUAGGAGAGAGAAAGGAGUCCUCAGCCAGACCUGUGUGGGGGAUCGACUCUGACUGUGUUCACUCUGGAUCUGCUCUGAGGGAGUGUGCAACAUCAUCUUCCUCUUCCUCCAUCCUGGAUCUCACCUGCUCAGACUCUGUCAGGCUGGUGGAUGGGACCAGUCUGUGCUCAGGCAGACUGGAGGUGAAGUCUAACCAGAGGUGGUCCUCAGUGUGUGAAGCUGACUUUGACCAGCAGGAUGCAGAGGUGGUCUGUAGGGAGCUUGGCUGUGGGGCUCCUUCAGUCCUCCAGGGGGCGCUCUAUGGAGAAGUGGAGGCUCCAGUGUGGACCAAAGAGUUCCAGUGUGGAGGCCAUGAGUCUGCUCUCCUGGACUGUAGAAGCUCAGGCUCAGAUAGAAACACCUGCUCACCUGGCAAAGCUGUUGGACUCACCUGCUCAGAGUCUGUCAGGUUGGUGGGAGGAGACAGUCACUGUGCAGGAACACUGGAGGUCAAACAUCAGGGAGAAUGGAGACCAGUGAAUGGUUAUUACUCUCCCUGGACCCUGAAGACAGCAGGUGUUGUCUGCAGAGAUCUGGACUGUGGCUCUGCUGUUUCUGUAGGAGAGAGAGAGGAGUCCUCAGCCAGACCUGCGUGGAGGAUCGACUCUGACUGUGUUCACUCUGGAUCUGCUCUGAGGGAGUGUGCAAGAUCAUCUUCCUCUUCCUCCAUCCUGUAUCUCACCUGCUCAGACUCUGUCAGGCUGGUGGAUGGGACCAGUCUGUGCUCAGGCAGACUGGAGGUGAAGUCUAACCAGAGGUGGUCCUCAGUGUGUGAAGCUGACUUUGACCAGCAGGAUGCAGAGGUGGUCUGUAGGGAGCUUGGCUGUGGGGCUCCUUCAGUCCUCCAGGGGGCGCUCUAUGGAGAAGUGGAGGCUCCAAUGUGGACCAAAGAGUUCCAGUGUGGAGGCCAUGAGUCUGCUCUCCUGGACUGUAGAAGCUCAGGCUCAGAUAGAAACACCUGCUCACCUGGCAAAGCUGUUGGACUCACCUGCUCAGAGUCUGUCAGGUUGGUGGGAGGAGACAGUGGCUGUGCAGGAACACUGGAGGUCAAACAUCAGGGAGAAUGGAGACCAGUGGAGGGCUAUUACUCUGGCUGGACCCUGAAGGCAGCAGGUGUUGUCUGCAGAGAUCUGGACUGUGGCUCUGCUGUUUCUGUAGGAGAGAGAGAGGAGUCCUCAGACAGACCUGUGUGGUGGAUCGACUCUAACUGUGUUCACUCUGGAUCUGCUCUGAGGGAGUGUGCAACAUCAUCUUCCUCUUCCUCCAUCCUGGAUCUCACCUGCUCAGACUCUGUCAGGCUGGUGGAUGGGACCAGUCUGUGCUCAGGCAGACUGGAGGUGAAGUCUAACCAGAGGUGGUCCUCAGUGUGUGAAGCUGACUUUGACCAGCAGGAUGCAGAGGUGGUCUGUAGGGAGCUUGGCUGUGGGGCUCCUUCAGUCCUCCAGGGGGCGCUCUAUGGAGAAGUGGAGGCUCCAAUGUGGACCAAAGAGUUCCAGUGUGGAGGCCAUGAGUCUGCUCUCCUGGACUGUAGAAGCUCAGGCUCAGAUAGAAACACCUGCUCACCUGGCAAAGCUGUUGGACUCACCUGCUCAGAGUCUGUCAGGUUGGUGGGAGGAGACAGUCACUGUGCAGGAACACUGGAGGUCAAAUAUCGGGGAGAAUGGAGACCAGUGAAGGGCUCUGACUGGACCCUGAAGACAGCAGGUGUUGUCUGCAGAGAUCUGGACUGUGGCUCUGCUGUUUCUGGGCGAGAGAGAAAGGCGUCCUCAGACAGACCUGUGUGGAGGAUCAGGUCUGACUGUGUUCACUCUGGAUCUGCUCUCAGGGAGUGUGCAAGAUCAUCUUCCUCUUCCUCCAUCCUGAAUCUCACCUGCUCAGACCUGCUUCUUCAGCCAAUCAUCUCUGUGUCCUCCUCCAUGGACGGGGUCUCCGAGGCCCAGCAGCAGGGGUUUCACGUGCUCAGAGGCUCCAACUUCACCAUCAGCUGCUCCAUCCAGCCACAGUACCCAGGAGGCUCCUUCCAGCUCACCUUCACCUCCUCCAACUCAACACACAACUACACCCAACCAGCUGUCAAUCACUCUGCCUACUUCCUGUUUCCUGAAGCAGAGCCCGCCCACCAAGGAAGCUACAGCUGUGUUUAUCACCUCUAUGUUUUCUCUCAUAACUUCUCCUCUGAGAGCCGCCUGCUCUCCGUCACUGUCUCAGAUCCAACACCUUUCAUCAUCAGAGCCGUCGUCCUGCCGCUGAUUCUGCUGUUGGAGAAUAUGGUCCUUUACUUCUACUGUAAGGCCAGCAGGGGGCAGAAGGUGGGCAGACAGGAGAACAUUGAGCUGGAUUAUUAUAACCUGGGUGUUGCUGCAGCUGAAGGAGGGCCGACUGAAGAGGAAGGAGCUCAGGAGCAGAGUAGCACCUCCAAGGAGCUCACCUCACAUCCACAUGGGUUUUUAUACGCAUGUUCCCUUUAAACCAGAAGGAUGGAGUUAUGAUAUUACGUUAUAUACUAUAUUUUUCUUACUGUCAACAUGAAAAGACCAAAUCAACAAGGUGUUAGUCUCUUCAUACUGUCUGACUUCCUGUCAGCUCUGAGCCCAUUGGUUCCUACUGAAGACGUCAAUCUUUAAAAACACAAAUAUAAAGUUUCAUCUGAAAACUAGACUUGAAAGCAGGUAUACUGGAGUCGGAGCAGCCGGCGCCGUUCAGAACCAGAGAUACACCAACACAGGUCCAUCAGGAACAACGCUGGUCAGAUAAUGUUUUAUAUUAAAUAAAAUAAACACCUCAGAAAGUUUAAUCAAUAUUAGAGAACAUGUCGUUGUCACCGGAGCAGCUCCAGACUUUAUACCCUGUGACAUCACAAGAUUGAUUUUGGAUUUAGCAGAAAGUUGUACAUGUUUACUAAUGUUUCUUUAUACCUGCCAUAGACCACAGGAGUGACAUGUAUGAAUUCUGAAAAUCGGUGUGGUUCCCCUUUAAUCUUGUGAUGACUGAUUUUGUUUAUUUCAUAACAUUGUUGUUUAAUUGUGUAACGAAGGAAUUUACUUAUUGAUGUGCUGGAUGUUUUUCAUUUUCAUGUUUAUUUGAUAGGGACAGAUACAUAUACAUAGAGAAUUGCACCGCAAUUAACCAAUGCAAUGUAUCACAGCAUUUAUAGCUACUGCUAAUUUCCAAUGCCCGUCCCUUGAAGGGCCAUUAAAAAAGAAAACAUACAAAACAACAUACACAUACACAACAACAAAUACACAUAUUUACAUACAGAUACACAUCAUGCAUAUUUUAUACCUACCCAAAAUUUUGGUCUAAAACCAAAUUGUAAUGGGUGCAGAUAAUUAUGAGUUUCCAAGUAGUUCAUCAGUUGCUUUGCCACAGCCUUUUCCAGCACCUUACGAAAAGCAGGAAGGAUGCUGAUUGGCCAUAAUUACUCACUUGAUCAGCUGCUCCAGAUUUAAAAAUAGGCACUACUCUUGCUUGUUUCCACAUUUCUGGGAACUUUCCACUAGCCAUGGAGGUGUUGAUCAAGUGAGUUAACGGUUCAGCCAGUGCAUCACUGUGUCCUUUCAAAAAUGCUAUGUCCAGAUUAAAAAGGUCUUUUGAAUGUGUAUUUUUGAAUGUAUUAAUUAUUUCAGUGACCUGUGUUUUAGUGGUUGCCUGCAGUUCAAACAUACAGCCUUUCUUUCUGUUUGUAGUGGUGUCAAUACACAAGCUAGUUUGUUCAAAGUUAUUGGCAAGUUCCUCCACUGACCCGAUAAAAUAAUCAUUAAAUGCUUGUGCAAUUUGUCUACUAUCCGAGAUAAUUUGGUUUCCAACUUUGAUCUCAUGUACUGUUUUUUUAAUAUUCUCCUGUGAGUUUAUGAGAUUUUUAUUUGUUUCCAGAUUAACAAAUUGUUUCCUUUUGCAUCUGUUAUCAAAAUAGUGUAAUAUUUGGCUUUUGCGGUCCACAGUUCUUUGGUUACUCGGUUUCGAAGCACUUUGUAUAGGGCCAUGGCAGUAUUUGUUCGGCUCUUUAAGAAGGCCUUCAGUGCGAAAUCUCUUUGUUUCAUUAAUUGUCUAAUCGACACAUUUACCCAUGGAAGGGAUUCCUUCCUAUUUGAGUUUUUGGAUUUUUUAAGGAACUUGCAAAUAAUUUUUUCAAUAACAGUCAUCAAUUCAUUACAACAUCCAUUCGGAUCGUUGCUUUGCAGAACAUUAUUCCAUGUCAUCCCAUUAAGUUCAUUUCCUAGACUUGAUAGAUCCUGUUUUGGUAAAAUAAGUUUAUCUGAUUUUGGCAAACUAUAAUUGGCCAAACGUUUCUUAGUUAAUUUCCUCGCUGCCAGAAUCAUAUUGUGAUCCGACAAUCCUGUUAUGAGAUUGUACGUCUUCACUAUACGUUCUUCUCGGUUAGAAAACAUCAGAUCAAUUUGGGUCUGGGUGGAUCGGGUGAUUCGAAUUUGCCCUUUAAUUUUCUGACUGAAAUCAAAUUUAGACAUUGAAUCCUUGAGUUUCUUCUUAGUUUUCUUAUCUGCCCAAUUUAUUGAAGUCGCCGAAUAUCAUCACUUCUGUCUUAUGGGAAAUGGCUUCAUGCAAUUUUUCCAACUUAUCAUAAAAACCUAUGUCACAUGCGGGAGGGUUGUAUAAAACCAAAAUGCGGAAAUGCAUCUCUGGGGAUAAAAAUUAGCAUUUAAUCCUCGACGUUCAAUAGAAACAUCAUAUUCAAACUCAAUUUGAGUGCACUUAAAUGAAUCCCUAAUGUAAAUAAUCACUCCGCCUCCUCUACCACUGUUCCUGUCUUUUCUAAAACACGUAUACCCGGGCACAUCGACAAUAGUAGUUAAAACCUUGCUGUGUAGCCAGCUUUCAGUCAGUCAUGUGACGACCUGUAGCUCACCUGGUAGAGUGUUCGCCCCAUAUAGACUGAGCCCUCUGCAGCGACACAGGUUUGAUUCCAACCUCCCACAUUUCCCGUCUGUCUUCAGCUGUGCCGUCAUUAAAGGCAAAAAAUAAUAAUUAACAAAAUAAUAUCAGUAAUAUUUGAUGAUUUUGUUUCUAAUUUUUGAUGAAAGAAUUUGCUAUUAUAAUUAUUGUAAUUAAAAAUUUUAAAAAAAAAUUUAAUAUUUACAACAAAAAAAUCUUAAUUAUGUAAUGUAGAAAUUUACUUAGUGGU